AUGGUUGAAUGUAAUAAAUCAACGAGCAUCUUCGUUCUUGGUCUUGCUUCAAGUAUGAUGACCGAUAUUCGUUUAUCGCCUACUAAUGAACAGAGUAAGAUGGAAUUUGGUUAUGCUUUUUGUGUUACAUUUCUUGUCUUCAUAUCAUUUAUCUCGAAUAUGUUAACUAUUCUUACUUUUAUUCGUCAAAAACUUCGUCAAACACCUACUGGCAUUUAUAUAAUCUGUUAUUCAAUUUAUAGUCCAAUUGGAAUGUUAAUGUUGCAAUUUCGUUUAAUUCAAUUUAUUGAUUGGCUCUCGUAUACUUCGUUUGUCUUCAUUUGUAAUGUUGUUUCAGGUCUAGCAAGCGUCUUGACACGUCAGUGUGUGUGGAUGACUGGAUUGAUUGCUUUACAACGUUCAUUGGAAGCGAAGGGCAUAGGAAAAAGAGUAUCGGGCACACGUCGAUCAUCUAUUUGUCAAAUAUUUGCAUUGUCUUUAGUAAUAGUAAUCAUGCACAUUCAUGAAUUCUAUAGUCGUGUUAGCCUUCCAGAUCCAAUUGCACCUGGAAAAUGGAUUUGUGAAAUACUUUACACUCCUAGUCUCAAUAUAUUGAACACAGUUUUAGCGUUUCUUCAUUUAUUAUUUCCAUUCUUUCUCAAUUUACUGGCAAACAGUUUUAUUAUUAGAACUGUUGUUAGUCGGAAACUACAUCUUCAGAGUGAAACAAAUAGUUUCACUUUUUAUCAAAUGUGUAAGAAACAAUUGAAACGACAUCGAGAUCUGUUUAUUGCACCAACAUUGUCGAUUGUCUGUAUGUUACCACAAUUGAUACUAUCAUUGAACUAUUCUUGCAUUGAUUUGAGAGAAAAAUGGUUAUUACGUUUGAAUACAAGUGCAAAUUUAAUUAUUUAUCUUCCUCAAACGUUAACUUUUCUUAUUUAUGUUUAUCCUUCGACAUUGUAUUACAAUGAAUUUCAACUACAGAUCAAAAGAAUUAGACGAUAUUUUGGAAUUGAAAAGGACACAUUGAUUUCGAACCGAAAAGAAAAGAAGACAUUUGCAACAUUAAAAAUAAGAAAUCAUUCGUCGCCAGUUGAUCAAAAAUUAGCGGUACCAACUAUUUCCAGUAACAAGAAAAGAAAUAAGACAUUAGAAACUGCGUUUACAAGUUUUUGA